GCAAAAGUGAAAGUAAACUGUGUCCAUAAACUGUGCAAAGCGCGGACGAGGCGGACAGCAGCGACGAAUGUAGGAGUCCAGGUCGACACUGUGGCAGCAUGAAUUCAAGGUUCCUCCUGUUUUUCAUUCUUUCCCUGGUCCUUAUCAACCAAUCAGCGGGAGGGUGUGGUGACCUCUAUCAGCCUGAACGUUUACUAAAAACACUUGUACCUAAAGGUAACAUGGUCGUGCUCGAAAGAACCAACUCUUCUCAGAACGACACCGCCGCUGUUAUCAACACGCUAAAGAAGUUCUGCACACCGAAUUCUACAAUAGAAGAUAUACUUCUAGGCUGUUUUGAAACGUCUUGUCUCGUGAAUUCUAGCCAAGCUAAAAUGUCGCUACCACCUGUGAUCGAAGUGGUCUCUUCCUCUUAUUUCAACUGUAUGGUCGUCAAAGCAGUCAGAAAUGUAGUUGCUGAAGAUCAAGAAGGUACACCACUUCCUCCCCUCAGUCCAGCAGAGCCAAAUCAGCCACAGACUAUUUAUGAGUAUGCAGCCAUAGCUUCAACUACAAAUUCACCUUCAUCAACUCAGUCUACGACACAGCCAGCAGAAACAAAGCAGAAUAAACCAACAACAUUUGCAACAAAGCCUGAGACAACAUCCACAGCUUCUGCUGCAGAAAGUAACACAGAAAAAAAGCAACACGUCGAAGUGGGUACGCUCUCAAUCAUGCUGUUGAUGUUACUGAUGUGCGGCUGCAUCUUCAGCCUCGUUUACUUCUACUGGCAAUGGUGCAAGAAACAAGGUUCCCUUCCUUUCAGUUCAGCAUCGCCUAGGAAUGCAGAAGAGACCCUGGAAGAGAACACACACAUGAACACCCACGCCAAUGGCCACACUGCGUGUGACGUCUUUGUAAAUGACAACAGUGAGGAAAGCCAUGUUUGACCAGCAGACUGCACUCCAUUCCCACACUGUCCCUCCAUCACCAAACCACUGCCAUCCAUCUCUCUCCUACUCCAGACGGCAGGGUCGAUGCACUCCGGGGACACGGUUCUCACAACACGUUUCGGCGUGUAAACGACAAUUUGUCACAAGUUCCCCAGACUCAUUUCAGACUUGUGUGCUUCUGAAUCCUGGGCGACUCAGCCUUUGGAUUGAUAAAUCCCUCCGCUAACCAAAUUUCAGUGUUACGCAUGAUCCAUCAACGCUCUUCACGGGGUUGUAACACGAUGGAUGGCAUUGGGUGUUCAGACAGACAUCAGGAGCCCCACACGUUUUGGGACAUGACGCCUCAGUGCAGCUUCAAUGGGCCGCGGCGUCGCGAGGCGGGGACUGUGAAAGCCUUGUGGCCUGAGGACGGACUCUUACGAGCACGCCGCAUAGCAAAGAGGAGGAGAAAAGCUCGGGACUCAACAAGCCCGAGGAUGUCGGUGAUGUGAACUGGGGCUGCUACCUCUCCAUUAUGGCACUGAUGCUUUUAAUAAAGCGUAUGGGGAGAGCGGGGGACUGAUCAGUCUAAAGAAAGUUAAUGGAAAUUGUAAGGUGUAUAUUUAAACAAUUUUUUAAAAUUUCAGCUGCUGGGGGUCCGCGGUGGCGUAGCGGUCUAAGCAUCGGCUUUGUGUCGAUGCAGUUGCCCACCGGGGACCCGGGUUUGCGCCCCGGUCUCGUCAGAUCCGACUAUGGCCGGACUCGAUGAAGCAGCAAUAAUUGGCAGUGCCGUCUUGGGGAGGGGGGCGGAGUCGGCUUGUGUUCGUCACAUGAAUGCGUCUCUGUGUGUGUGGGGGAAAAGCAGUGGUUCGGCCUGGAGUCGCCUCGCCACUUCCGUGACAAGGCGACUCCUUCCAGACUGCCGGCUGGAGAGAUGCAGUUGGCGACUGCAAGCAGUACGAGGGUGGGUGUUUGAACUAAAAUAGGGAGCAAUUGGCCACUUAAUGGGGGGGGCGAAUUUCAGCUACAGUCAGUGAAAUAAGCUUUAACAUAACCUUCAAAAUGCUGUACAACUGAAAGUACAAAUAAAAUAUUUCUCUUAACGCUUUGACAUCACUGAAAUCAACAAAGACAAACACAACAGCAAAACUAACUAAACUAUUACACAAUGCUUGACUGCAUGAUGAUAUUACAGGACAAUAAUCCUUUUAUUGUUAUGAGCUUAGCCAGCUGGAGAGUUAAAAAAUGUCAUGAAACGA